AGUUAUGAUUUUACAUUUAAAAAAAUUUUUAAUACUCAUUUAUGAAGAAAAUAAAUUCCGUAUAUACAUGUUUCAAUUGAAACUUGUAUAUACUUCAAAAUGUUGAAACUUCAAAAUUUAUGAUGUACUUACAGUUAAAACAGUCAAUAUAUUAUAAAAAUGAAUAUAUCACAUAAUAAAAAUAUAAAAAAUAAAGAAUGUCUUUAAAAAGCUUAUGAGAGCUCUAGUAUUCAAUUCGAUCAGCUGUAGAACUGUUUACAUUUGCCGUGAACGACUUAAAGAGUAGUGGGGCUCACGACUUAUGAACAGUCUAUUACGGCCUGCCGACCGGUUGUAAUCGCGGGUGUAAACCUCUAUGACAGUAAAAUAACUUAUGUUAACUCGACGACAAAACAUCAGAAAAUAAAUAAAAGGACGUGGGUGAAGUUUGUAGGUGAGAUAAAAAUAAGAAGUCAAUUUGAAGUGCAACAAGUUUUCAAAUGCCACGUCGUUUCAAUUGUUUGGGACCGGAAUUUUUAUGACAGCGUGGUACAACAUAAUUCUUUAAAAUGGGAAGCAUGUUCAGGAGUGAGGAGAUGGCUUUAUGCCAGCUAUUCAUUCAGCCAGAGGCUGGCUAUCUUUCGGUCUCAGAACUCGGUGAGACCGGAACUGUCCAAUUUCGCGACCUGAAUAGUAAUGUGAACUAUUUCCAACGUAAAUUCGUUAAUGAAGUUAGACGCUGUGAUGAGAUGGAACGUAAACUUCGUUACAUUGAAGCUGAAGUUAAAAAAGAUGGAGUUCUAAUUAGUGAAAUCGUUGGGGAAUUGCCUAGAGCUCCAAAUCCUCGUGAAGUUAUUGAUUUAGAGGCACAUAUUGAAAAAACUGAGCAUGAUAUCCUUGAGUUAAGUUACAAUGCUGUGAAUCUUAAAAGUAACUACUUGGAGCUUUCUGAGUUACGGCACGUACUUGAAAAAACUCAAGUAUUCUUCACGGAGUCGAAGAAUCAAGGCUCUUUUCUGUUUCUCGAUCAACAGGAGGAGGCUAAUGAUUCCAUCACCAGAGCUUUAAUUAACGAAGAGCAGCAGUAUCCGAGUACAACUGGACGUGGACGACUUGAAUUUGUUGCUGGGGUCGUAAACCGCGAGCGUGUUCCUGCAUUUGAGCGAAUGCUUUGGAGAAUUUCACGUGGAAAUGUGUUCCUGCGUCAAGCUGAAUUAGAGAAACCUCUUGAAGAUCCAAAUACAGGAAAUGGAAUUUACAAAACCGUAUUUGUAGCGUUUUUCCAAGGUGAACAACUUAAAAGCCGUAUAAAGAAAGUUUGUGCCGGAUUUCAUGCUUCAUUAUAUCCCUGUCCACAUAGUAAUGCGGAAAGAUUGGAAAUGCUUAAAGGUGUACGAACUCGAUUAGAGGAUCUGAACUUGGUACUCAAUCAAACUCACGAUCAUCGUCAACGAGUACUUCAUAAUGUUGCCAAGGAAAUUCCUAAUUGGAGCAUUAUGGUACGCAAAAUGAAAGCGAUAUAUCAUACGAUGAAUUUAUUCAAUAUGGAUGUAACUAAAAAGUGCCUCAUUGGAGAGUGUUGGGUGCCUAUUGCUGAUCUUGGAGUUGUUCAAAAUUGUUUGACUGAAGGAUCACGUUUAUGUGGUAGCUCAAUACCAUCAUUUUUGAAUGUCAUUCACACUGAUGAAGAUCCCCCAACAUUUAAUAGGACGAAUAAAUUCACUCGAGGUUUCCAAAAUUUGAUUGAUUCUUAUGGCGUCGCGUCUUACAGGGAAGCUAAUCCAGCACUCUAUACAAUCAUCACGUUCCCGUUUCUUUUUAGUGUCAUGUUUGGUGAUUCCGGUCAUGGUUUAAUAUUAACAUUAUUCGGAGCAUGGAUGGUGAUCUGGGAAAAAAAAUUAUCCACUAAAAAAUCUGAUAAUGAAAUUUGGAAUAUAUUUUUUGCUGGUCGAUAUAUUAUUCUACUUAUGGGGUGCUUUUCUAUUUAUACUGGUAUCAUUUACAACGAUAUUUUUUCCAAAUCAAUGAAUAUAUUUGGAUCGAGUUGGGGUGUUGAAUUUGAUUGGAAGACGUUACAUGCAAAUAAACAUCUUCAACCAGAUCCUGCUGAAAUAGCUGGAUAUAAAAGAGUGCCUUAUCCAAUGGGAUUAGAUCCUGUUUGGGCUCUAGCUGAAAAUAAAAUCAUCUUUUUAAAUUCGUACAAAAUGAAACUUUCCAUAAUUUUUGGAGUUGUUCAUAUGAUAUUUGGAGUUUGUGUUAGUGUUAUAAAUAUUGUACAUUUUAAAAAAUAUUCAAGUCUCCUUUUAGAGUUUUUACCACAACUUUUAUUUCUUAUCGCACUUUUUGCUUAUAUGGCGGCUCUCAUGAUAAUUAAAUGGAUUCUGUACAGUGCAGAUCAAAAAGGUACUAUAUAUGAACCUCGUUGUGCUCCUUCUGUACUCAUUACUUUUAUUAAUAUGAUGUUAAAUAAUGGACCAAGCGGUAACUCAAGUUCUUCUAAUAGCACAGCUAAUUUACCAAACAGUACAAAUCAAACAACACCAUUUUUUGAUUGUCCAACAUUUAUGUAUUCUGGUCAAGAAGAGCUGCAAAAUGCAUGUAUAUACGCAGCUCUACUUUGUAUUCCAGUGUUGUUAUUUGGAAAACCAUUAUAUAUAGUGUUAAAUAACUUUUGGUUAAAGUCUAGAAGACAUCAGAAUAACUCUAAUUCUUCGCAUGACAUUGAACUUCAAAGUAACAAUAUUCCUUCAAAUGGUGAAGCAGCUGGUGCAAGUCGAGGUAAUGGCCAUCAUGAUGGCCAUGGCGAUGAAAGUUUUGGUGAUAUAAUGAUUCAUCAAGCUAUACAUACCGUUGAAUAUGUUCUUUCAACGGUAUCACAUACUGCUUCAUAUCUUCGUCUUUGGGCUUUGUCGUUAGCUCAUGCUCAAUUAUCAGAAGUCUUGUGGACCAAAGUGCUUUCGAUUGGAACGAAAGCUGUGGGCGGUAAUUUUAUUGCUUCCAUCUAUUUAUUUAUUGCAUUCGCGGUGUGGGCGUUCUUCACUGUUGCAAUUCUCGUUACAAUGGAGGGAUUAUCGGCAUUCCUUCAUACACUUCGACUCCACUGGGUGGAGUUUAUGAGUAAAUUCUAUGAUGGUCAAGGACAUUUAUUCCAGCCAUUUUGCUUUAAAAGUAUCAUUGAUACUGAAGAUGAAGAAGAUUAGUAAUACGUUAUUCAAGAAUAAUAGUCUUAAAGAUUAUUUGCAAAUAUUGAAUUUAUUUUCAACAAUACAUUAUUUAAUGAAAGGUAACGAAAAAUGAUAUCUAAGAAAAAAUAAUAUUUUGCGUACGGUUUUCAAUAAGUACACAUUUUUUCACUUGUAUAACAGUCAUAACGAUCCAAGUUUGAUCGAAAAACUAUAUUUUUACAAUACAACGAUAUCAAUAUAUAUAUAUAUAUAUAUUGUACUCAAAAGAGAAUUAGUUUUUGUAUUACGAUGAAAAUAUUAUGAUACUUAGAUUUUUGAUACAUCAUAUUAAAUGUGAAAAAAAUGUGAUUAUAUUUUUAUAAAGAUGAAAAAUUUGCAUGGAAAAACAUGUCAUAAAAUACUUAGGUUUUUAUUAAAAGUGAAAUAAACUUGUAUUUGCUUAAAUCCAAUA